AUGUCAGGUUUUAGAGAAGCAUUGCUUGAAGUGUCGGAAAUAGAUCUCGAUUCUAAAAUAAGAAGUGAAGCUAGAUCCUUAGCCACAAAUGAGCUUGGUGAUUUUGAGUUUUUAAUGAGUAUAAUUAUUUGGUUUGAAAUAUUAUACGAAAUUAAUUUGGUUAGCAAGCUUUUACAGUCAAAGAACAUGCUUAUUGAUGUUGCUAUGGAAAAAAUAAAAGGGCUGAUUUCUUUUUUUGAGAGAUAUAGAGAAAGUCGUUUUGAUAAGACCUUGGAUAAUGCUAAAGAAAUUUCUAUUGAAAUGAAUAUUGAUCCAGUAUUUCCUCAAAGACGAAUAAUUAGAAGAAAAAGACAAUUUGAUGAAAAUUUGAUUACCCCGUCAGUUGAGUUAUCUGAAGAGGAAUCUUUUAGGUUACAAUCAUUAGAUGAUGCAACCUUGGAGUCUUGUUGUAAUCAUUUUGAGCAUGCAUUGAAACAUAAUGAUCGGUUUGAUAUUGAUGGGAGAGAGUUAUGCGUGGAGUUAAAGUUAUUAAGAAAUAUCUUGCCUGAAGAAAUAACAGGACCUAUUGAUAUAUUAAAAUAUUUAAAAGGCAUGGAUUAUUUUUCUAAUACAAUUAUUGCAUAUAGGAUUUUACUAACCAUUCCUGUAACAGUUGCUUCUACUGAAAGAAGUUUUUCAAAAUUAAAGUUGUUGAAGUCUUACUUGCGGUCUACCAUGUUACAAGAAAGACUUAAUGGCUUAGCAUUAAUAGCAAUUGAGAAUGAUAUCUUAGAGACAAUACAAUAUGAAGACUUGGUUGAUGAUUUUGCUUCAAAAAGUGUUCGAAGGAUAGCUCUUUUUAAAUAG